UAUCAGUCAGAAAUACAUCAACUGUCAUUAUUGAAUUAUACGUUUUACAAUAAGAGUUUUUAUCUAAUUUCUAAUACAAUUUACAAUGGAAUUUGAGAAAAACGAUACAGAGUUAACAAAAAAAGCUCCCAAUAAAAACUUGGCUAAUGAUGAUGAAGGUCGCGUAGGAGAAAUGGUGACUGCAGAUUUGAAUGAAGCUGCUACCGAAAGUUUGGGAGGAGUUGCGGAACCGGCAAUUCGCAAUGAAAUAAUACCUUUAGCUAACGUAAUCUCGAAAACGGGUAGCCAAAUUGAGACGACACAUGCAAAUUUUCGUAACGAAGUUAAGCCCCAAAGUUCUAAGCAACGAAGCCGUGGAAGAUUUCUGGAUUUCGUCAGGCACGCCCGUCCCAGUUUCCCUAGGAAAUCUAAAAGCAUAGCUAAAAUCCUGCUGAAGAAUUUAUUAUUAGCUAAAGGUUUCACUUCAAAAACUGCUGUUGAUGUUAAAAGAAGAGUUGAAAAGAAGAGCAUCCAACGUAAUCCCAGAAGGUCUAUAGGAAACGGUACUAAGAAGCCGUGCCCUAGAUGUGGACAUUCUUGCUGCUUCAAAGAUUCCUCCAUGCGAUAGUUUUUUUUAAAUGAAAAACCGUAAACAUUUUGUUUGGAUCUAUUUCAAAUUUAUUAAAUCUACUUUUGAUAACUCACUAAA